CUGCCUUUGAGGGCUGUAACAGCGUCUGCGACGCGCCCAUUUUCGAUGCACAACCAUUAUAAGAUCUCUUGCGGAUAAAGGCAUCCUUCUAGCACAGUGAGUGGGCGACCUAGGCAAAUGAAUGACCCCUCACGCAUGAUUCAGAUGCAGAUGCGGGGUCCUGUCUUGCUUGCUGUAUUCUGCAAUUGUGCAUAAGAGCUUAAGGUCUGGUACAGUGUUCCUGUUCAUACUUCAUGUGGCCAUAUAGGCUUAGGCUUCAUCCUAUAUCUGUAACAUCACGAUUCUGAGAAUGUCGUCCACAAAGCAUUUCCUCAACGAGCCAGCAAAGCUUGUAGAGAGCGCCCUUCGCGCCAUCGCCCGCGCCAACCCACAUGUCGCCCACGAUAGUACCAACGGCAUCAUCUAUCAACGGCCAUAUCCCACCUCCAGCAAGCCACUUGUCUCCCUCAUCUCAGGGGGCGGCUCCGGCCAUGAGCCCUCGUUCGCGGGCUUCGUUGGGCCCUCGCUUCUGACCGCCUCGGUCGCAGGCUCUAUCUUCGCCUCACCCAAUGCGGAUGCUGUGCGCAAAUGCAUCCUCGGGAGAAUCGAAAGGAGCGCGGGCGUGCUUGUCAUAGUGAUGAACUACACAGGCGACGUGCUAAAUUUCGGGCGUGCGGAGCAGGAGGCGAGGAAGGAAGGCGUGAGGACUGAGAUGGUUGUGGUAGGAGAUGAUGUGGGCGUUGGGAGGGAGAAAGGUGGGAAGGUUGGCAGGAGGGGCAUUGCGGGGACGUGUUUGGUUGUUAAGUGUGCCGGGGCGGUAGCGGGGAUGGGCGCGAGCUUAGAGGACACAUACGCUGUUGCGAAGCGCGUUGCAGAGAAUAUCAUCUCGAUUGGCGCGUCACUAUCACACGUGCAUGUCCCUGGACGCGAUGAUGCAGAAGAAGAUUCUAAGGAUGCGGAGGUGCAUGUUGAGAUUGGGAUGGGGAUCCACAAUGAGGAGGGCUCGGAGACGUGGGCUAUGGGCGAUGCGUUGGAACAACCAAAGUCAGAGCGUCAUCUGCAAGGCCUUCCGGGGUUGAUCGGGCGUAUGCUUGAUCAUUUGUUGAGUAAAGAUACGGAUCGGAACUUCUUGGAUAUUACAAAGGAUGAUAAAGUUGUGCUGUUUAUCAACAAUCUAGGUGGUGUGAGCGUUCUUGAGUUGGGCGGCAUCACAGAUGAGGUCUGUCAGCAGCUGGACACGACGUGGGACAUUCGACCAGUACGAGUCAUCACAGGGACGUUCAUGACAAGCCUGAAUGGGCUGGGCUUCAGCAUUACGCUACUGCGGGUGCAGGAAACAGGGCUUGGAGAAGGCAAGGAGAUGUUGGACCUUCUGGAUGUACCAGUCGAGGCAGCAGGAUGGUCCAGUGGAGUACGCAGUAGAAUAUGGGAUGAAAGACCGCAAGCCGUCUUUGAUCAGGAUCCGGACGAGGACGAUGAUUUGCAACCGAGCAAUUUCACAACCGAUCCGACGCUUGUUCGUAAAGCGCUCACGAGUGCACUGAAUCGACUCAAAGCUGCGGAGCAUGACAUUACCAAUUACGACACUAUCGUCGGCGACGGAGAUUGCGGCCAUGUCUUAUCGUUCGGUGCAUCUAAAGUACUGGAAAAGGUCGAGAAAGCGAAGAAGGACAAGUUAUCGGACCCAUAUCUGUUGCUCUCGUUGGUCAUUGAGGGAGUGAAGAAAAUCGAUGGAACCUCGGGUGCAUUGUAUACGAUCUAUCUUAAUGCCGCAGCGGCAGCGCUAUUGGAACUCUCUGCAAGUGAGAAGGUAUCACGUUCGAUCGAACCCAGAGACUGGGCGGCGGUGCUAGCGGGAGCAUCGAAAACGCUAGAAAAAUAUACACCAGCUCGGCCAGGUGACAGGACUUUGAUAGAUGCGCUAUGGCCUUUCGUCGAGGAGAUGAAGAGCAGUGGCAAUGUGACAAAUGCAGCAGAAAAGGCCAGGGAGGGUGCCGCGAGAACCAAGGGCAUGAAGGCAAGUUUAGGCAGAACUGUCUAUGUCGGAGGCGAUGGUGUCCAGCAUGUGCCUGACCCGGGUGCGCACGGAUUGGCUGAGUUUUUCGAAGGACUAGCCGACGGUAUGGCGCAGUGAAGAAAAUCGGUGCUUGAGAUGAAUGGCGUACCUUCGAUCAGGGUUGCAGAUAUAUCGAUGAUUCAAAGGACCGGAACCAACAGUGAAUAGGAAAGCUCUCGAACAGGCGCGAUCGUGAGGCCUCGCGAAUGAAAAAGACAAGGUGAGUCUGCGCAGUGACGGUCGGUCUACCCCCACUGAUUUCCUGUUGACACCCAUACACUGUGUUGGACUAUCGUGACCUACGAUGCCAAUCCCCGUCAAGCCGAAGACCACUAACUCAACAACACCAAGAUGACGCUGUCGCCGCGCAGAAACAUUUUGCUGACGAAGCGGUCCUUGUUCACUGGUCUACCCUUCUUUCCCUG